AUGGCGGGGGCCAACGACCCUUCCCUGACGGAGACGCCGGAGUACCGGAUCGUCAUCAUUUUUGUGGCCUUCAUCCUGGUGACCUACCUGUUCGAGAAGGGCAUGGAGUGGAUCGACGAGUACCUGAAGCACCACAAGCGGCGCGGCCUGCUGCACACGAUCCACAAGCUGGAGGAGGAGCUGCUGGCCCUGGGCCUCAUCUCCCUCAUGCUCAUCGCCGUCGAGGACUACCUCGUCGAAAUCUGCGUGGAUGGCACGAACGCCAAGGGCGCCAAGAAGGCGAAACUGGCCGGCGACAAGGCAAAGCUGGCCGGCGACGACAAGAAGAAGGCCGCCGACGCCAAGAAGGCCGCCAGCAAGGCGGCGACCCCCGUCCAAGAGGACAUCCUCGAUGACUACCAUGACGAAGCCAUGGCUGACGCAAUGCAGGCUGAGCUCGACGGUGCCGAAACUGAAGACGCCCCCGCGGUGCCCGUUGCUGCCGCUGACGACGUGGGCGUGGCGACCGACGCCUCUCUCCUGUCCGACGACUUUGGCAACAGGAGGCUCCUGGGGGGCGUUGUGAGGACGCUGCUCGCCUCGGCGGGGGGCGACGGCCCUUGCCCGGUCGGUCAGGAGUCGUUCUGGUCCAUCCGCGCCAUCCACGAGACGCACAUCUUCAUCUUUGUGCUCGCCGUCGUCCACAUCAUCUAUGCCGGCGUGUCGAUGGUGCUCUGCGCCUGGAAGGUCGGCCAGUGGAAGAGGUGGGAGAGAAAUGCUCACACUGGACUGAGGAAGAUUGACUACAGGCAUCUCCUGGACGAGUCAAACGUUUGCCUGCACUGGGGCCGGUCCUUCUUCGCCCAGUUCCAUCAGCACAUCGACGAGUCUGUGUACCUCGGCCUGCGUCGCCUGUUCAUCGAGCGUAUGCAGGUGGACAACAGUUUCGACUUCCACAAGUUCCUUGUGAACUCUAUGGAGGAAGAAUUCUCCAAGGUGGUGAGCCUUGACUGGGCUAUGUGGGCGGUGGCCGCCAUCUGGAUCUGGACCACUCCGAUUGUCGUGUACGUCAUGUUCGUUGGGGCUGUCGUCUUGACGUUCCUGGCCGGCACAAAACUGGAGUCCAUAGCCCUGAAGCUUGGCAACGAGGCAUAUACCAUGUAUGCAGACAAGGCACCGCCGGGCCACCACAAGCACCACAACCCCAUCAUGAGGAACCUUCAGAAGAUAUCCAUGACUGUCUCCAAGGCGCUGCACUCCCACUCCCACCACCAUCACCACCGCAACCACGAUGAGCAGGAUACGGUCCAUGGGCAUUCUCGUGGGCAUCACUCCCGUGGUCAUUCGCAUGGCCCCUCACAGAGGGACAGCGCAUACAACCCUGAGAUGCGCCAUCAGAAGAGCGGGCCAGUGGGAGAAGGCUAUGAGGAGUACCCCUCAGAUGGCCGUCAGUCCAGGGAGUCGAUGGCCUCAAAGGAUGGCUCCCUUGCGAUGUCCCUGCCAGAGUCUGACAAUGAGAUUUCGUAUGCAGCAUCUGUCUCCUCGAGCAUUGCGCACAGUGAUGCGGCGCUCUUGUGGCGGCAGUCUAACAACAAUGCCAACCACUAUUCUGACCAGCUGAGCCAGACAUCUGUGGACCCUGUCAGAGCACCGACAGCCAAGCACCAGAGGAUGGGCUCUCGCCUGUACUCCAACAUUGCCACUCCACGCACCAGCCGCGAACAUCAUCCUGAGCCAGAAAUAGAGGCACCCGCAUUGCAUUGCUGCUGCAUGCAGUGUUUUGGGGGAAAGAAGAAGGAAGACCAUUCGCUUGAUGCAUUCGCCGAUGAGUACAUGGUUCCCGACUCGAUCGGCUUGUUUCCUUUCAAGCGACCACGCCUGAUGCUUCAAGUCUUCCAGCACACCUACUUCCUGAACUCACUACUGAUGGCCAUCUUGCUGUUCAACCUCUGGCAAGAAGUUGACCCACACCUCAUCCUCACCUCAGACUGGAUCUCUUUGACACUGGUGAUAGUUGGCAUCGUGGUGAUGUUCAUCACCUCCAUCCUUCUGUUGCCUGUCUACGGACUGACAAUGGUGACCGGAUCUCACUGCCCCAGCAAAGUGCUGAAGAGGGCAAAGAAGCACCACAUCAAUCCGCACGCAGUCCACACCUUGGAGAGGAUGUCGAUGGCUGCCAAGUCCAUGAACCUUUCCAAGACAUCGAUGGCCUUGGGAAGAACCUCUAUGGGUGUGAAAGGUGCUGGGGCAUCUUCAGAUACCGAUGACAAUGGGUCUGUGAUUGGUGCUGGAGCAGCAAUGCCAACUCACUGGUCUGAUAUGUCCGGCAUGCAAACUGAGGCUGUGCGCGACCUUGCAAAGGAGGUUGUUCAUCACCAACAGCCAGAAGAGCCAGAAGAGGAGGAUGAGCACAAAGCUGGUGGUGCGCUCAGCAUGCUGGUGGGGGCCAUGUUGAAGACCAAGACGCAGGAAGGUGACAACACGCUUGAGAGAACUUCCUCAGGAGGGCACCACGCUUCUGUGGAAAUGACCACGCCCUCCGGACAGCCAACGCUCUUGCGGAAGUCGCGCACGCUGUUGAGCAGGGUCUCCAUUCCUCUGAUUGAUCUGCCCGACAUCAAGGAGGUGGCUUCUCCAAAGGCUGCAGAACAAGACAAUGACGAAGGAUCACAGCACUCCGGUGCCCCGUCGCUGAUGAGGAGGUCGCGGUCACUGCUCAGCAGGCUGUCGAUGUCGUCAAAGAAGUCGGUGAAGUAUGAGGACGAGCACGAGACCAGCGAUGCAGGGGAGGUGGAGGCCCCCAAGAAGCGCCGCACCAGGGUCACAUUUGAGGAGCCCAAGCCCGCCCCAGAGAACCAUUCCAGCGGUGGCGAAGCGCCGGAGGUGAAGGGCAUUCUGAGGAGGACCAAGUCCGUGAACCCAAAGCUGCUGCAGGAGUCCUCUGGGCCCUCACUCGGCCGCAUGUCGGUGGGGGCACCCAGCAUGGCCCCAAGCGCACCCUCUCUCAAGAGGGCGUCCAUGCCGUUCUUGAAGGUGGUUGAAAAGAAGCAGCAGGCGUACCUUGAGAAGUCCAGGGCGGAUGCGGACCACCUGAUGCACGAGGGUUCCGAGGUGCAGAGCCCCAAGCCCGCUGACACCAGUGCCGCUCCUGAGGCGAGCCAGGCUAACUCGGACAACUCCAGCGAUGACACCUGCGAGGGUGGGAGCGUGCGGAGACCGAAUUCGCACGCCAAGGACCCACAUCCCACAAUGGACCAGGUCGCAGAGCUCUUCAAGCUUGGUGAGAAGCAGAAGUUGCAGAAAGAGUAG